UUUACAAUCUGUACAGUGUACACAAUAAUUACAAUAAGCAAAUUAGAUAAAGAAAAAUAGAAUAAAAUAACAUGAAUGACGUGUUGAGGAAGAAACCCAAUGGUAACACCUCUUUUACUAAUUUAAUAGGUCUCUACACCAGUAUGUUAUAGUUAUAACAUUUAUUAGGUACCUAAUUAUAAAUUUGGGAAUAUAAGCCGAAAUAACCAGAAUAGAGCAUACACUUAAAAUUAAUACUUAGAGUACUUUACCUAAAUAGUAACCUACGAAAUAUUACCUCGUAUAAAUAAUAUUAUAUUAAACAAAAUAUGUAGUAAUAGUAUAUAUAUUAUAUUAUUAUAAAUUAUAGAGAAUUAUUGUUUGGUGUACUAUAAUAUUAUACACAUAGUAUAUUUUCCAGUAUAUCUCCAUCUACCACCACUGAAAUUACAUAAACCUAUCCAAAGGGCCAUAGCAACGAAUAGUAUCUAACAACAAAUAUUUCAUGACCAUUGACCCUUCUGGACUUAUGCAUGUAGGAAGAGCAAUAACCUACCUAUUCGUUUAGUAAUUAUUAGACACUAUUAAAAUAUACCUAAGUAUAUUAAUAUGUCUUACAGGGAUUUAUUUAAGUUUACUGAAGUCAUGCGAUCAUUAGGAUAUCAUCAUCAAAUAUCUAUGGAUAGCUUCCAUAGUCCAAAUUUUAGUUUGGUGUCUGAUAUUUUGUUUUGGCUGGCACUGCGUUUCGAACCCGACACUAAUUUACCACAAGAAAUUGAAACAUCUGAACAACGAGUUUAUUUCAUUCGUUCAAUUGUAGAAUUUUUUGUUCUUAAAACUAAUGUCAAGUUAAAUGUAAAGAAAUUGUAUCAAGCAGAUCGAAAUGCAGUAGGUGAACUACUAAAAAUAACUGAUUUACUUAACAACGCAUUAAAUACGAAACAAACUAAUGAGGAUGAAGGUUUCAUCAAAUUGGAAACUAACUUAACUUACAAAGCCAAUGAAUUAAAAUCGACAAGAGAAUUGGCAUCAAAAAUCACUCAAAAAGGUGCUGUUUUAUUUCGUUCUUUAGAAGAAGAAAGUGAACUACGGCCAAUCAGAGAUAGCCGAGUUAAUGCUGCAUUGGAUAUUAAUGAAGUUGAACAAAGCCUUAAGACACUAAUUCAGAAAACAAAAAAAGAAACUGAACAUACAAGAGAUUUGAUAAAAAAUAUUUCUGCAACCGAAGCCAACCUGGAUGCAAAAAUUGCAAAACGGAGAGAAGAUUUAGAAAGAAAUUCAAAGAGACUUCAAACGUUGAAACAAGUGAGGCCAGCAUUCUUAGAGGAAUUUGAAGACUUAGAAUCUGAACUUAGACAUUUAUAUCAAGAAUAUAUUACAAGACAAAGAUGUAUAAGUUACUUAGAGCAUCAACAAGAACAGGUGGCUCAGGCAGAACUAAUACAUAUACAAGAACAACAAGAAAUGGCGAAAAAAAUUAUUGAAAAUAAUAAACAAGAUGAUGAUUUAAAACUACUGGAAGAAGUUAAUAAUGAACCAUACAAUAACCAAUUUUUAGAAAAUACUCCAGAUAUUAGUAUUAAAGGAAGAGUUAGUAGUGCAGCUACAAGCAGAAACCGUGGCAUGUUUGGCCGCUUAUCAGACAGUGAAACAGAUUCUGAUUUAAUGUUGGAUGAUGAAGAAGAUUCCAAUAUAAUGGCAUCCGAUGGUGAACUAUCAACUUCUAGAGCAGAAAAACUAGGAAGUAUUCAUAGUGAUAGUGGUGAUAGUGACAACUGAUAGAUUAAUAGUUUAAAAAAAUAAUAUAUUUUAAUAUUUUUGAGUCGUGUGUCUAACAGAUGGCCCCCAAACCAAAGAAAUUGAUAAAUAUAAUAUAUUUAAUAAAUUAAAAUAAUAAUUAUAUUGUCUAACUGUUAAAAUUAUUUGACAAUACAGUGAGGGAUCAAUAAUUCGGUAAUUGUUCUUUAUACACCUUGUACAUGGGCACCUACUUAACCUCUUGUAAUUUUGUUAUGAAAAAUAUUGAAUAACAUAUACUGAUUACCUCAUGCCUUUUGAUAUAUUAAAUCAUUUUAAUAUAAUCAUUGUAGUGAAAUUACAGUGUUGUAAAAAUCACUUAUGAAUUUAAAUAUUUAUGGACAUUUUAUUUUCAAAUAUUUAAGCUACUACUCAAACAUUUUUCUUUUCCUGUAAUUUACUAAAAAAUACCACAAAUAAAGAUGAGGCACAAAUUUACUACAACUUUAUAUUACUAUUACAAGUAUAAAAGUUUAAUAAAUAAGUACAUAGUACAUAAUUAUGAUAAAUUUAAUUACAAUUGAUGACAUUUUUUGGGCUGACAUUGAAUUGAGUCCCAAAAAUAUUUUUGAGUUAUCGGAGUUGAGUCCCUUCAGCCUAUUAGUGUUCCCCAGGAGACACCAAGUGGAGGUUGGCUGUGUAGUCUCCCAAAAAUGUGUGCGUUUGCUUUCAUUGUUUUUAAUAAUAAUAAUCAUGUAUGAUAAAAUAUUUUUUUUUUAAAUAACAAUAGUCAUUUUAUGAAAUCGAAACUUAAACCCUUCAAUAUCUGUUAUUGUUGCAUAUCCGAUACUAUGCUAUAAUAUGAUGCACAAAGUUCAAGGUAGGUAGUUAUGACAUUUUAUCUAUACGGACUCUAUUCAAAGAUAUUAAGAUAAUAAGCUGGACUCAAUUCAAUAUCACUGAUUUUUUGUGUGUAUUUAAGUUGUUCUCUGGAUGAUUUAGAUUCACAAUUGGACCCGGUAGGUCCAACCCAGAAUAAGGACAUUGUUGUUAAUAAAUGGCUAUUGGUUGUGGGAGGAAUUUUAGAAUUUUUUUUUGAAUAUUGGUUGCCAUUGGUUAAUUGGGCAGAUCAGGUAUAAGCAUGUAUCAUAUUAAAUUUUGGCACAUUGCUUACCAAGGUCUCUAAGACGAGCUGUCUGCAAGAUUGGCGUGUCCGUAAUCAAAAAAUAAAAUAAAAAUGAAAUAUAUUAAUAAUAUAGAGUUGGCCUUUUUAACGGGUAACAGAGUACAGGGGAUCAGCUAGUAUUAUAUAAACUAAGAAAAAAAUAUACAUAUUUAUUUAUAUUGAUAUUUUAGUUAUGUAAGAAAUAUUGCAAAUUAUAAAUAUUUAAUUCAUAUUAACUAUUUAAUGAAUUUAUAUUUUUAAUUGUGAACUCAUGGGCCUCCGCACGAAAAUAUUCAGUGGGGUUCAUUAUCUAACUGAAGAAUAAAUAAAAAAAUUAAUUAAUUUAAAAAAAAAAAAAAUAAAUAUUCAAUCUUAGUCCACAAAAA